AUGGAACUCGAUAUGGAAUGUAGAGAUCCCAAUGCCCUGAACAGUAAUGUUCAGGUUGCCUUUGAUGAUGUUAUCGCAGAACCAGAAGGUGCCCAUAGCAUUGACUGCGUGUGGAAGAAUAGUUAUUGGUGCUUCAACUGUGGUAAGAACUGCUGCUACAAGUUUAUGACCUUCCUUUGCGGAAUUUGCAUCGCUCUUUACUGGGGCUGCGAAUUCGCCAUGAUCGCCUUUGAUAUGAUUUGGUGUGUGACACCAAUGAUGAGGGUGCAUGCUAUUUACUGCGGAUGUGCCCAGAAGUUCUUCGGAGCCUGUGUUAACUGUUUCCUGACCCCAAUUUGUGAGACAACUGGUCUGAUGUUCAGUAAGAUAACAGUCAAAAACACAUAG